CGAUACUACUCCCCGCAUCAAAAAAACCACACAAAGGGAACCGGCCCCACAAGACAGCACACCGCUCUUCCACCAGCGAGCGCCCAAAUAGAUUCAUAUAGAGAGAGGAACCAUCCACUUGCUAUGGAUGUCCCGUCCGACCUCCCCGAACUCGUCGAAGACUUUACAGCCAACAUCGACGAACUAGCCGACGCCCUCGCGCCGCUCUUAAAAACCCCACUCCGCACCACGCAAGCCACGCUCCCGCUCCUCGACAAGGCAAAACUCAACGUUUUGACCGCCUCCGCCAUUGAGUUCCUCAUCUACAACACGCUCCAAGCAUCCGGCGCCGACGCGAAAGACCACGCCGUCUGGCCCGAGCUCGCGCGUCUCAAGACAUACAGCGACAAGAUCAAGCGGGCCGAGAACGCUAUAGACGGCGAGCAGAAGCCCAGGAUGAGGGUCAAUCAAGAAGCUGCCGCGAGGUUCGUAAAGCAUGGUUUGGCGGGUAACGAGAAGUACGACCACGAGAGGGCGGAGCGCGAAAAGGCAGAGAAGGAUGCAAAAGAGCGUGCCAAACAGUCACUCCGGAAAAUCAAGGCUAGCCAAAAAUUCAACCAGCAGGACGAGGACCGGGCACAGGCGCAGUUGGCUGAGCAGGCGCGGUUGAAGAAGGAGGCGGAACGCGAGGAUGUGGAAAUGCAGGAUGAUUCCUCUUCCUCCUCCUCCGAUUCCGAGUCUGACUCCAGCGAAGAAGAGGACGAUGAGGACGAUGAAGAGGCGGAGGUUGUGGAACAGGAGCAGCGAAGCGGCGAAGAAGGCGACCACGUCGACAGCGAAAACGAAGAUUUCUACGGCGCCACAACAACAAGCCCAUCGCAAAAUCCCAACAACAAAGACGGUGCCGCCGACGACAAGAAGAAGUCGGAGAUGCCGGGCUGGAAGAAAGCGUUGAAGGAGAAGAAGGCCGAGAAGAAGGAGAAGAGAGGCAAGAAGGAGAAGCUGGACAAGAAGAAGAGCAAGUACGAAAAAACCCCUGCGCUGGAUCCUCGCUCCUCGGAACCUGCCGCGCCGAGGGUGAAGGUGACUACAAAGGACAAGUCAAAGUAUAACAAGGACGAACGUCGUGCUAAGAAGAUGGCGAAGCGCCUGGAGCAACAGAGGAAGGGGGAGCAGCAGCAGCAAACCUUCAUCCCUACGAGAGGAAAUGGGCGCGCUCCCAAAUCUCACAGCCAGACGUUCAACGCUUUGCUGGAUGGCUCGUUCGCCGAGACGGCUGCCAAGGGAAAGAAGGGUGGGAAAAAGUGA